AUGACGAAUCCUCACUCAGUAGUUCAGAUAAAUUUAACGAUUCAUGCUGAACAAGAUGAUGAUGAUUUAAGGAUUUUGUUCCCUUUUGACACUCAGAAAGAUAACAUUGAUCAAGUUGUUAAAGAACUUGUCAAUGAGAUCAACCUUACUGAUGAGGAAGGAGUUGAGCUCAAAGCUGUAAUAGAAAAUCAAUUAAAGCAAGCUUUAGGAACUGGUUCUCAAUCAAGUUCUGCAAUAAAAUCAAGUUCCGGAGUGGCUCCCGUCCAACCAUCAAAUUUGGAUGAAUCUGAUGACGCAGAUGUACUAAAUGAUAGAGAAUAUCAAGCUCUUUUGAGCCAGCAAGCUAAACAAUUAGCUGAUAUAGAAUUGAGACAUUCUCAGGAACAAAAGGAGUUAAUCGCAAAAUUACAACGCGGCACACCUGUCACAUCAUCACAAAAUCCAGAUGAUCUCAUCUUCUUUGGAUAG